CUUCAUAAAACCCUAGCCAGCUUGCUAUUUUUGCAAAGCAAUAGGCUUUUUCCAAAAGAAAAUGGGCAACAAAAGCUCUUCGAAGUCCAAGACCGAUUCUCAGCAAACAAACACCACCAAGAGGAUCACAUUCAAUGGACUAGGCAACCUCAUUAGGCUCCUUCCCACCGGGACCGUCUUCUUGUUCCAAUUCCUCAACCCCGUCUUGACGAACAACGGCAAGUGCCACGCUGUUAACAAGUACCUGAGUGCCCUACUAAUCGGAGCUUGUGGCCUUUCGUGUAGCCUUGCUUGCUUCACUGAUAGCUACACAGGGAGUGACGGGGAAACCCACUACGGGUUCGCCACGGCCAAGGGACUCUGGCCUAGCUCUAGCUCUAGCUCGAGCUCGAGCUCGAGCUCUGGUGAUUCUGUGGACUUGUCGAAGUAUAAGCUUCGGUUCGGAGAUUUCGUCCAUGCUUUCUUUGUGGUGAUUGUUUUCGCAGUUCUGGUGUUGUUGGAUAGCAACACCAUGCGGUGCUUCUAUCCGUCUUUCGAGAAUACGGAGAAGACUUUGUUCAUGGUCAUGCCAACUGUGAUCGGCACCAUCUCAGGCGCGGUGUUCAUGUUGUUCCCAACCUCGCGCCACGGAAUUGGGUAUCCUUCAAGUGACACUAGCACUACCUCGGAGAGCAAAGCUUAAAGAGCUUGACGAUACACAUAAGUACACACGUGCACGGAACAAUGUAACCACAUGCUUGUUUCCAAAUACUUGCAUUUACGACUUCUCGUAGUAGACUAAUUUGCUCUAGAACGAAUGUGUGAUUACAUGUAUUUGUUUCUGUAGAUCUUACGUUGUAUUGGUAGAUAAAGGAUCUAUUUGUUUUGGUAUCAACAAAUUCAUCCAUAUCUUUUGAUUAGCAUGUCAUCAUGAUUGUCAUAUGAAUUAUGUUCAACUUCAUUUAC